CAGCGUCUAAUGCGACUCAGUCGCUCGAGUCGCUCGUACGCCGUGCGCUAGCUUGUCGUCCACUCUUGAGGAAUACGCUUGUGCAAUCCAGUGAGCCCUAAACCUCGACUCCGGACACUCUACGACAGCGUGAACCUGAACAUUGAACGUUGAACGUCAACGUUUCCCUGUUGCAUACCGAUUUUUAAGAUACGCCAAAAGGGUCUUUCAUCCUAUGGUCAGGUACGCGGAAUACAACUAAGACAUAUGAAAGAUCCCACUGUGGAACCAUCACCGUCCCCGAACCUUAUGCUCUCGCUGGAAGGACUCCGUCAAAGGACGAGGACAAAGCCGGCUGCCAGUAGGAUAAUGUUUUUCACGCGUCGUGCCUACAGAGUGCUACAGAGUUAGAUGAUGAAUGAAAGCUCGUCACAGGUCGGCACAUUUUGCUUCAGAUUCGGUGAUCUCUCAACCAGUCGAGUAGAUCUAGAAGUAGAGCGCGUGUUUGCCCUUGCGCCGAUAACCAUCACCGCUGCAGAGGCUUCUUCAGCUGAACCACAAUCGAUUAACCUCCCACCAGCACAAGCAACGAUGGUGCAGAAUGAGCUUCAGGGUUCGCAGGGAAUGCCCAACUUGAACGAUCCGAACAACCAGUGGAUGCCUGGAACCCCUCAAGACCCUCCGUUCAUUACGCUAGGAAUAUUUGUACAGCGAGCCGUCGAACCUCUCCCUCCCGCGGCGUUUGCAGCGGCGUACUCAGGUUACCUCAACAAGAUGCCUGCAGAAAAGCGAACACCUUACAUGGAGGGGCGAUUGGUUGACCUUCACCUUCUUCAUACCGAGAUUAUCAAGGCUGGUGGACCACACAACAUUGCUGAUGCCUAUGGACGACCGCUGGACGACUGCUGGCAGAUCCUUGCUGCGAAGCUCGGUUUCGUGCAGUUUCCUGGAAAUGAUAGGGAGCUCCCAAUGUCGUCGCCUUUACAUGGUGUUAUGCUGCAGCACUUCUAUGCGGACUAUCUGCUCGGAUUUGAUGUAGCGUAUAUAAGGACAUGUCUGGUGAAUAACGGGACAUCUCAACUUGGGGUAAAGGGUGCCAACUCUGCCGGGGGUCAAGUUAAUGGGAACAUGGAUAUGCACCCGAUGCAGGGCAGUUCUUCUGAAGGCCAAGCCGUACCCACUGGCGUUCCUACCCACAACCCGCAAGCUAUCUUUACCAUCGCUGGUUCUAGGGAUCCAAAAAAGAUCCAGGAGCUUCUCAUGUUGGCGCAGCUGCCCAUGGACGAGCUCAAGGCUCGUAACAUCCCGGAGGAGUUGAUCAAGAAGAUCGCAGUGCAUGGACCUUAUCUGCAACAAUGGGUGCAAUACCAAAGACAGUUCAACAAUCGCAUUAGGAGCGCGCAGUCUGGGCAGUCGUCAGCGGGCAUGUCACAACCUCCGAGACCGACGAUGGUGCCUCCGACUAUGCCUGGUCAAGUGCCACAACAAGGUCAGAUGUCUAACCAUAAUGCACGUCCUGAAGAUGGUAUGGCUGGUACUUGGGCUGGUCAACAGCCGAACCAAGCGCCUUCGUUGCAAGCUGCCAACGCCUGGGACCGGCCACCAACGCAAGUGAUCCAGAAUAUAUCGAUGAUCACUUCGUUGCAACGUGGAAGAGAAGAGCUGGAGAAAUGUGAGCAACGGCAUCAGUCGAUUGCGCAAAGCCUGCAGUUGGCUAUCCAAAGACAGCAUCAGGUCGCGAGCCUUCGAGAAGGGAACGAGGUUUUGUACCAACAGCACAUGCCCCGCCUGACUGCCCAAAUUGGGUUGAUGCGGAUGAUGAUUGCGAGGAUCGACAAUUUGCGACUUCUGUUGCAGGCCCGCAUCCAGCAACUGCAGCAGCAGGAGCACCAGCAAGGUGACAUUUCUACGCCUGCGGUGUCGGAUACUUCCAAUCUGGACGCGACGUUGUCCGGCCUAGAGGAUGAGCUUGAACGUCUGAAUAUGUGAUCCCAGCGCUGAAUUAAGUAUACAACUCUCCUUCUGAUGUCCCUUCCGCGGUUGGAUAAACAUCCUCGAUCGCUUUCUUUUCUAAAAUAUAUCCAAUUCAGAGCUCGUUGGAUUUUCACGCACGUCAAUUUAAGUAGCC